AACAGAAGCAUGAGGCCAAAGGGCAGGAGGGGAACAAGAGCUUUUGAAAAACAAGUAAGUGACAGUAUAAACUUUGCAGUUGAUAUUUUAACAUCAGAGUACAUUGGGAAAUAUUAGAGUAAAAUGAUAAAAUGUAAUUAUAUUAUACAUUUUAGAUUAAUUUGCUUUCCUGAUGCAACUUCAUCUUCCUCUGGGUUUAAAACCUUCAGAGACAGUACUGCAGCCUUUAUUAAACAAAGCAAUUUAACUUCUAAAAAUACAACUGGAUAAAAUGUAAGCAAUACCUUUUUAACAAUGACGCCAUAAUUUCACUGGAGUGUAUAUAAGCAAUCUGUUGCUCACAGAGUUAACUCUCUGUAGACACGCACAUAGAGCCCCCAAGACCGAAGCCUAAAUUGCAAGUUUUAUUUUUGGGGGGAGGGGGGGCUUUAUAAAUAGAGCUGUGAACCCUGCUCUCUGCUGUUUCCUCUUCUGUGUCACUUAGUUGCAUUUUCUGUGCUCUUAUUCUUCAUGGGACAUUAAAGAGCAGGACGCUGUGACACCACAGUGACUUUUUACACAUACAUGUCUCACUGCAGCCACUUUCUGCAUCUCAUUCUGUUCCUGUUGCAGCUACAGUCUACAGGACACUGCCAGAGAAACCAGUUGAGUGGUGUCAGAAAGCUGUUUUCAGGACUAAAUUCCCAUAUGUGAGACAGAAUGAGUCUUCAGCUGUAUCCUGAAUUAAUCUCAAUAUGUCACAGAAUAUGCUUAUAAAGCAGGGGUGGCCAAUCUUAUGCAUUAAGGGCCACAUUGUAUGCAGAUUUUACUGCAAUUCCCUAAUUAGAUUAAUUAGAGGACUGGUUGGCUGAAGAGUCCUCAGACUUGCGUUUGAACAGCUGACCAAAAGGUUAUCCCAGAAACCUGCAAACACACUGGCCCUUUGUGGAUAAGAUUAGCUACCCCUGUUAUAAUCUGUACCUUGAUAGAUUAGAGAGAAUCUAAAGAGGAGUCCAAUCAUUUAUAUGUAAAACAUCCACUGUCAUUACCAGCUUUAAUCAUAUCAGUGUAACAAUGUUCAUAUUCAACCAAACCAAAUUCUGAGGGAAAAUUAAAAUCAGUGAUGACAAAAAUGAAGUUGUGCUUCGUGUAAAUAUUUCAUUUUCAUUCUCCAUUUCAGUAUAUACUGUGAUGAUAUGUAAAUGUCACAAGGCGUACAUUUUAAACCCAUUAACUGAAUGCAAAGGUAUUUGUAACAAAACGAAGACACACAUAGAAAGUAUUGUAUAGUAAUGGAAAAAUGUAGUGCUAUACUCAGCAUCCGGUCACAUGACAGCUUUGAUCUGAGGUGCCACAUUUCUCGUUGAACUCCUGCUCAGUACGAGUAUCGAUAUGGACAAUCAAGCACAUUUACUCUCCUGGGUUAUUUUGUCUGUCCUCUCAGGUGUGACCAGUGUAAAUCUGCAAUGCUGCAGCACAGGAGAAACUGUUUAUAUGCAAAUACCAGACAACAGUAUAAAGGCUGUACAAUGGAAAUAUGGUAACUACACUGUCGCUACUAGUACAAUUAGGUACAAAUCCUCAACUGAAGUUUUUCAAAAUUUCACACUUAAAAUUACUAACAUCCAGAAGAACUGGAGUGGUGACAUUACUGCAUAUGGCUAUGAUUCGAAUGGGAAACAUCUGCUGACAGAGACACAUCAUUUGGUGGUGCUGGGUCACCCUGUGGUUGAAUUCCUCACUUGUGCUCAUGGCACAUCUGUGUUUUACUGUGCUGAUGACAAUGGGGAUGAUACUCUGUACACAUGGACUGUCAGAGAUGAUGUCCUGGGUGAGGAGAAGGUAUUCAGUAACAGCAGUAAACACAUUUCUGUGGAGGUGCUUUCAGGAAGCGUCCACUGCACUCUGAAAACGAAGAGCUGCACUGUUCAGAGUGAACCUGUCAGCUUUAACUGUACAAAAACUCCCACUCCCUGGGGUCUGACAGCUCUGACCGGCGUCUCUGUCUUGAUGCUGUGCCUGACUGUGGCUGGGAUCUCAUUCUGCUUUCUAAGAUGGUACAAGAAACACCAUUUAAGCACCAAAUCAGAAAAUUCCAGUGUCUCACCAACGCCAGUUAAUGAGGAUAUUGUUUACAGUGAAGUCAGAGUUGCAAAGCAGCGCAGAUGAUUCAACUAACUUUAGUUCAACUACAGAAUCACAGUGUUCAGCUGAUUAUACCGUCUUGUAUAUCUUGCUGGUAAUCCAGGAUUUUUGGGAUGUGCUCCAGAGCCAUACAAUACUGAACAAUGGAUAUGUGUAUUAGGUCUGUGUUAAGCUGAGCUAUUAUUUGAAUACUUUUAAAACUAAUUCAAUACAGACUUUAUGCAGAAAGUUGGUAUAUGUAUAGAUAAAGGAAGUGAAACCAAGUGUCAGUUGAGCAGCGGUCCAGCCUUUCUGGGCUUAUAGGGACUGUGGGGUCUGCAGCUUUGUCUCUGAAUAUGAACAUUGUUACACUGAUAUGAUUAAAGCUGGUAAUGACA